CUGGGAUACCGCGCGAAUCACACGCGCCACCCGUUUCGAACCGUUCCAAUUUCGAAUCGAAUCCAAUCGCAGAGUGACAGUUGGUGACUGUGUUUUGUUUUUUAAAGUGCGAAGGUCGUACCGAAAACUUGACACUACCUGAACGUAACAACAAUGUGAUUCAACACAGUGGUCCAAUCAACAACCCAACUACAAAACAGUGAAACAAUGUUAAAAUGAAAGUGUGUGUGUGGGAUAAAAUAGAAAAUAACUAGGAUGUGAAACGAUGUUGGCAUGUGUGCGGGCGGGCAGAGAGGUUCGCGCGCCGGACGGACACACCGGGCAAAGUGUGCAAGACAGUGCGCAAGACAGUGUGCAACACAGUGCACAACACAGUGUGAAACACUGUGCGCAACGCGCGCGAAACGCACACCGCAGCUUCGAUUGGUGGAUUGUACUAUUUUUUGUGCUGCUUUGUGUUCGCAGCAGCAGAAGUGGCGUAUCACUGGGCGCGCACCUCGUGUGCGCACGCGUCGCCGGCCUCACCGACAAGCAAAGGAACAUGUGUCGAGCCACACCUGCCGCCAUUGCCGCUGUUGGGGACGGUCUCAGGAUGGCGUAUGCAGAAUGCCGGCAGCAGCUUUCAGGGCACCGGUGGAACUGCUCUGGAGUGGGCGAUGGCAACGAUUUCGGACACAUCAUGCCUUUAGCCACCAAGGAAGCCGCAUUCACGUACGCCAUAACGUCGGCCGGCGUCACGCAUGCGCUGAGCGCGGCGUGCGCGCGCGGCGACCUGCCUGCCUGCGGCUGUGCGUCUAACAAGAGGCGGCCGUCAACCGAGCAGUUCCAAUGGGGAGGCUGCGGAGAAGCCGCGUACGGAGCGAGAUUUGCUCGCAGAUUUCUCGACGCCAGAGAACUGGACGCUGACGCGCGCGGGCGCAUGAAUCUGCACAACAACCGAGUCGGCAGGAAGAUGGUGAAAGACCUCGUUCGCCGCGAGUGCAAGUGCCACGGCGUUUCUGGAUCUUGCGCCAUGAGGACUUGUUGGAGAGCCCUGCCUCAGUACAAGGCCGUAGCUACGGCCCUUCGGGAGAAGUACAAGAAGGCUAAACUGGUCGCGCCUCAGCCACCGCAGUCUCAUCUGGUCAUACGCAGAUCAAAGCAAACGUUGGCGGUGGGCCGACAGCCUCGGAAGUCAGAGCUGGUGUACUUGGAGCUCCCGUCUUACUGCGAGCCUGAUCCAGUAUCAGGAUCACUGGGCACGCAUGGAAGAGAAUGCAACAGGACUUCGAGAGGCGAAGACGGCUGUGAGACGCUCUGCUGUGGCCGGGGCUACAACACCGUGCGCGCAGUCAAAGCCACCCAGUGCCGCUGUCGCUUCCAUUGGUGUUGUCGCGUCAGUUGCGAGACCUGCGUCGUCCGCACUGAGACGCAUGUGUGUAAAUAGCCAGUGAAUCUUAUCAGCUGUGACAUCGUCCAAUGCAAACCUGGCCCCGUAGCUGAAUAGCAUUUCUCCGAUGCGAAACGCCACCGAAACGCCGCAGAAAUGUAGUCUGGCUCUGUCGGGCCAAUACGUAAGAGCGAUAGAGAUAGAUAGCUACGAAAGAGAUAUUAUCGUGAGAUUCGUGAACGUUUCGUGAGCGUUUGUGCAUUGGACUACGCACGCUGUCAAUCAAUUGCUGAAGUUGAGCAGUGGAAACCAGGAGUCUGUGCCAGCGUCAAGUGUAAACCUAUGAAUCAAUUGCUAUGGCUUCCAAUGUAACUGCAAGUGGUAAGACCAGCGUCGUCACGACCGAGACGCGUGUGUACGAGUAUAGCCAGUGAAUCGAUCCAUUGUCAGCUGUACAUCGUCCAGUACAAACCUGUCAAUCAAAUGAAAAUGUGUGUCCUACUGACGUGUGAAGUUCUACAGUGGAAUCUAGAAGUACCUGGCAUUUGUACUUGUGUUAGGUGCACUGUGAAUAACUGUAAACCUUCUGAGUCAACCUCACCAACCUCCAGUGCCGCUUGGUGUUGUAUCAGUUCGCGCAUCUUGUUAUCCGUCGAAUUACUCUUGGAAAAGCAAUCGUUCAAUAACAUGACAAUGUUGUGAUGGGACUACAACCAGUCAGAGGGGACAAAAACCGACAAAGUGGUUCAGUACUUACUCUAUACACGUUAAUAGAUAAAUGAAAAUGAAAAAUAACUGUAACUGUACUUGUGAAACCUUCUAAUAUUUAUAGGUAUGCUAUUUAUAAAAUGCUUUUUGACUUGUCUCCUGUAAACUUCACCCCACCGAAGAACGCCGCAAGCGCAACACAACUUUACAAAAGCUGCAAGAAUACAACAACCUCUGUAGCAAAUCUUGUUUACCUAGACUUUUUACAUAAAUAUUAUCAUAACUAUUCUAUCGAUAUCAUUAUUAACCAUCUGUAAAUAAAAUGUCUGCUACAAUUAAUAUGUCUGCGGUCUGAAAUGUUCUAUAAUAUCUUUUUCACCAAACCAACUUCUAAAGGGUCUCUUUGCUAUUCGAAAAUGGACAGCAAAAUUGCAUU